CUAGCCAGAUCUAAAUCAGUUCUCAGUAAGUAGUACAACUAAAAUUCUCAGUUAGUAAUAAUAAUGGAGGAAAACCAGAGUCGAACCAAUUAUUCAGAAAAACCCCUUCGCUGCAUCGUGAAACUGGGUGGUGCUGCAAUUACAUGUAAAAAUGAAUUGGAAAAAAUCAACGAAGAGAAUCUUGGGAUUGUUUCUAAACAGCUUAGACAAGCAAUGGUGAACGGCGGGGGUUCUUCGAAUUCUACUGAUUCUAUUAAGGUUCUUGGGAUGGAUUGGAGCAAAAGAGCUGGUGGGGGUGUUUCAGAAAUUUCUAUUAAUCCAGAUGAAUUUGGAGAUCAGUCUGAGUUAGACCUCAGUAAAUUCAUCAUUGUUCAUGGGGCAGGAUCUUUUGGUCACUUUCAGGCUAGUAAGUCUGGUGUUCAUAAAGGAGGACUGUGUAAUCCUCUUGUCAAGGCUGGAUUUGUUGCAACACGUAUCUCUGUGACAUCACUAAACCUUGAAAUUGUAAGAGCUCUAGCCAGAGAGGGAAUCCCAUCUAUUGGAAUGUCUCCAUUUGCUUCUGGAUGGUCUACAUGCGAAAGAAAUAUAUCAGCUGCUGAUACAUCUCAGAUUGCCAAGUCAAUCGACUCUGGUUUUGUCCCUGUUCUGCAUGGAGAUGCGGUGUAUGACGACUUACAGGACUGCACUAUAUUAAGUGGUGAUGUCAUUAUACGCCAUCUUGCUGAGGUGCUGAAGCCUGAAUAUGUUGUUUUCCUAACAGAUGUGUUGGGAGUAUAUGACCGUCCACCUACAGACUCCAAUGCUGUACUUCUCAGAGAGAUAGCUGUUGAUGAGGAUGGAAACUGGUCUAUUGUAGCCGUAGAAAACAUGAAUAAGCAAGUUGAAAUUACGGUCGCUGCGCAUGAUACAACCGGAGGAAUGAUAACCAAGAUAACAGAAGCUGCACUGAUAGCAAAACUUGGAAUUGAUGUUUAUAUCGUAAAGGCUGCUACAGACCAUUCAUUUCGAGCUCUAAAUGGGGAGAUUAGAGGUGAUAUUCCUGACGAUUGGCUGGGGACGGUUAUCAGAUCUUCGAAACAGAAGCAGAAAUCAUCCUGACCUGUCCACCAAGGACAAAGCAUUUCUCAUAGCAUUAACGACCACGAAGUUGAUCAUUUAUGAUUCCUAUUCCUCUGACAGUUAGUCUGGAGUCUAUCUCAGAGAGCCAGAGCCGUCUUAUAAACCAGCCCAGCUAGGCUAUUGCCUAGAGCCACAUUGUUGGGGCCCAAAGUUUUAAUUUUUCUUCCAGCUUGACUUUUUUUUUUCCCCUUGAAGCAUUAGGAUGCCGUUUUUUUUUUGUUAUACGACCUUCAAUAGGGUUAAAUGGUAUCUUAACUAAUGACAACUCCCUUUUUAUGUGAUUCGCUGGAUGCAACCUAAUCAUUUUUAAAAAAAA